GGGCCGAUCCGCACAUGCUCCCUGCCUUGUUUUGCAGAGCCCGGCGGGGCCGGCCCGUCCCGCCCCGCCGGGGCCGCCCCCGGCCGCGCCGGGCGCUUAAAGCCGGGCUCAGCCGAGCCGAGCCGGGCUGAGCCGCAUCGAGCCGGUCGUGGCUGAGCAGCGCCAUGAUUUUCGAUCGCCUCAAACGCUUCUCGAUCGUGCUGGAGGGCGCGGAGCGGGACGGCCCGGCCGCCUUCAGCCCCGGGCAGGCGGUGUCGGGCCGCGUGGUGCUGGAGCUGGCGGCGGCCGCGCGGCUCGGGGCGCUGCGGCUGCGGGCGAUGGGCGCUGCCCGCGUCCACUGGACCGAGUCCCGCAGCGCCGGCUCCAGCACCGCCUACACGCAGAGCUACAGCGACCAGGUGGAGUUUCUGAGCCACCGCGACACGCUGAUGGCACCGCCAGACAACGGUGAGGCCACUGUCCUGCAGGCAGGAAGGCACGAGUUCCCCUUCACCUUCCAGCUCCCUGAGACCCUGGCCACCUCCUUUGAGGGGAAGCACGGCAGUGUGCGCUACUGGGUGAAGGCCAAGCUGCACAGACCCUGGUCAACAGUGAAGAAAGCAAAGAAGGAGUUCACUGUGAUUGAACCCAUCGACAUAAACACCCCUGCACUGCUGGCUCCCCAGGCAGGUGCUAAGGAGAAACUUGCUCGUGCCUGGUACUGCAACCGUGGCCAAGUGUCUGUGACUGCCAAGAUUGACCGAAAAGGCUACACCCCAGGUGAGGUCAUCCCCAUCUUUGCUGAGAUCGACAACUGCACGAGCCGUGCCGUGGUGCCCAAGGCAGCCAUCAUCCAGACCCAGACCUUCAUUGCCCGGGGCACCAAGAAGCAGAAGAAGUCGGUGGUGACCAGCAUCACUGGGGACCCCAUUCCGGCCGGGAAGAGGGAGGUGUGGCACGGACGGGCGCUGAAGAUCCCGCCCGUGGGGCCGUCCAUCCUCCAGUGCCGCAUCAUCCAGGUGGAAUACUCCCUGAAGGUUUGUGUGGAUAUUCCUGGGACGUCCAAGCUGCUCCUUGAACUGCCUCUUGUCAUCGGGACCAUCCCGCUGCACCCCUUUGGGAGCCGCACCUCCAGUGUCAGCAGCCAGUACAGUGUCAACCUGGACUGGCUCAGCACCAUCCCAGAGCAGCUGGAGGCCCCUCCUGAGUACUCAGCAGUCGUGUCCAGCCCAGAGGCUGAGCAGAGCCUGGCUCCUCCGUGCCGCAGCGAGCUCGGGGACAUCCUGGAAGGUCCCUUCUUUGCCUACAUCCAGGAAUUCCGCUUCCGACCACCUCCGCUCUAUUCAGAGGUGGAUCCAAACCCCGCGUCAGACAGCAUCCGCCCGCGCUGCAUGACCUGCUGAGAGAAGCGCCUCGGCUGCGUGCGGCAGCGUGACGAUCCCUGGGGAUGGCAGCUUGCACCCUCACAGCAUUGGGGUCUGGAAACGGGGACGUGAGACCCCGACCCCGCUCCCUCGGCCGCUCCUGUCGUGACUGUCCCACGGGCCCAGAGCCAGCGCGGUGCCGUGGCCCCGGCACGGGUAGGAGAACACGAGGGGCUGGCGGUGUGGAGCCAGGCAGGACACGCAGGGUUCAGAACUGCCCCGGGAUUUUGGGGUUGGAACAGGGAAUUUGAGCCAAGAUUGCUCUCCGCUUGCCUGCAGUGCCACGCUCUGAAAACUUCUGUCAGCUCCUGGUGUGGAAAACAGGAGCUUGGAGGCGUUUCUCAGGAUUGCUGGAGCAUGUUUGUUUGGAUGGUGCUCAGGGUUGGGCCCUGGGGCGAUGCAGGUGCGGCCCUUUGCCUGUGGCUCACCAGGACUGCAGGUCCCCAAGGCAGUGAGAGGUCCUUUCCUUUCCUGGCUGGAUGAAGUAGAGGGCUCAGCCACUGCUGACAAUCUUUGCCACAAGCCUGUGGGUACCUGUGGGAGGAAUGGCUUGAGCCACUUAAACUCUAAAGGCCUCCAAGGGCUGAUACAAGGACUUGGGGGAUGAAUUUAUGAUCUGUGGCAGUGUUUUGGUGCCAUUUACUAAGAACAGGAAAGCUGCUUCGUGAGUGUCAGCACCCAACCUGCACAGUGUGCUGGUGCCCCCUCCAAGAUGGGGCUGAAACCAACCCUCAAACUGGUACCAGCACUGGGGGUUGGAGCUGUGGCUGGUGGUCAAGGAAGAGAGAGCCACAGAUGCUGAUGGGAGAUGUGGAGUUGGGAUGAAUCCUUCAGGACUGGGAGUCCUUGAGGUGUCAGAAGCCCUGGUGGGGUGAGAACACAGCAGCAACCUGUGCUCACUGGGUGGGAACCAGUGUGGGAAGGGUGAGCUGGAUGUUGUGGUCAGGAAGCCGGGGGCUGGCCCCGCUCACUGCAGGAGGACCUGAGCAGAGUUUGGGGGCUGAGGACCUUUGCAUUCCCUCACUGAGACAAUCCCUGACCGUGCACAACCAAUGCCAGUGUGCCUUGGGCUCUGUGCUGGGGUUGCUCAGAUGAGUCUUUUCUAUCUGUGAACACUUUUGUAAUGACCACUCUUUGUCUCUACACUUUUUGUACGACUUUUUGGUGGGGAAUUUUUUGUCUGAAAUAAAUUCUUUAA